GAGAAAUAGAGCUGCAGUUGUCACUCUCCAACUGAAUUUCCCACCAAAAUUACACUGCUCCUCUCACUUCUCCUUCUUCCGCUCCAAACUUUUCUCAUUUUUCUCUCUCCUCUCGGCUCGACCGUCACAAUACGCUCUCACAACGCCCAGCCCGAAACACCUUUCCCCCUCAUCUCUCUCGCAAAAGAAAACCCUCAAGAAAAUCCAAUCUUUACGACAAAAAUGCCGGAAAAACUCGCUCUGGUCACGCCGCCGUAUCUCCUCUUACUGAUUGCCGCCUCUCUCAUUUGUCUGCCCGAAUCGAUUUCUCAACGGAGUCCGACGUAUUUGGGUUUCUUGUCGGACGCCACUGAUUGUCCUCCGGAAGACUACUACGAUUACAUCAUCGUCGGGGGCGGCACCGCCGGCUGCCCACUCGCCGCGACCCUGUCGGAGAAAUUUAGGGUUCUUGUUCUCGAAAGAGGGGGGAUUCCAUACGGCGACCCUAAUCUGAUGAGCCCCGACGGAUUUCUCACAACCCUAAUGGAGGUCGACGAUUUUGACUCCCCCGCUCAGACCUUCACCUCCGAGGACGGCGUUCACAACGCCCGCGGCAGGGUCCUCGGCGGCAGCAGCGCCAUCAACGCCGGUUUCUACAGCAGGGCCGACCAAGAUUUCUACCGCCGCUCAGGUAUCAAUUGGGACCUCAAAAUGGUGAAUCAAUCUUACAAUUGGGUAGAAAACGCGAUUGUCUUCAGACCUGAUUUGAAAAAUUGGCAAUCUACUGUUCGGAAUGCACUCUUAGAGGCCGGGCUCAAUCCUUACCACGGCUUCAGUCUCGAUCACGUUGUAGGCACCAAAAUCGGGGGCUCCACAUUCGACAGCUCGAACACGAGGCACAGCUCAGCCGAUCUCCUAAACUACGCAAACCCUCCGAACAUCAAAGUCGUGGUACACGCCACUGUCGAGAGGGUUCUGCUGACAUCAUCAUCUUCUCCGGCUAAUCCAGGCAAGAAACUUUCAGCCAGCGGAGUUAUCUUUCGCGAUCAAACGGGCCUUUACCACCACGCCAUGGUACAGAACAACGGCGAAGUCCUGUUAUGUGCCGGGGCCCUCGGAAGCCCGCAACUUCUGUUACUGAGCGGAAUCGGGGCCCGGCCUUAUCUCGCCUCAUGGGGAAUUCCCAUAGCACACCACUCUCCCUAUGUCGGGCGAUUCAUGUACGAUAACCCAAGAAACGGGAUUUCAAUUCUUCCGAGAUUGCCCUUGGAUCAUUCUUUAAUACAGGUCGUGGGCAUCACUAGUUCCGGUUUUUAUCUCGAGGCCGCCUCGAAUAUCGUCCCCUUCACUUCCCGGGCCCGGCCCGUAUUCGUCACUGUUGCAACUCUGAUGGAGAAAAUAGUCGGGCCCUUGUCUUCGGGCUCUCUUAGGCUGGCCUCCACUGACGUGAGACUGAACCCGAUUGUUCGGUUCAACUACUUUAGAAACCCGAUUGACCUCGAGCUGUGCGUGAACGGGACUCGGAAAAUUGGAGAUGUUCUGAGGAGCAGGUCAAUGGGAGGUUUUAGGUUCCGCCAAUGGUUCUCGGGGGCUCGGGAUUUUCGGUAUGUGGGGCCCGCUUUGCCGCGUGACGAGUCGAGUGACGAGCAGAUGAGGGAGUUUUGCAGGCGUACGGUGAGCACCAUAUGGCACUACCAUGGGGGCUGCCUUGUGGGGAAAGUGGUCGAUCGAGACCUCAAGGUUAUAGGGAUUGAUGCUCUCAGAGUUGUGGAUGGCUCGACUUUUGCUGUGUCGCCUGGGACUAAUCCUCAGGCUACUCUUCUCAUGCUGGGAAGAUUGUCUGUGAAAGGAUAUAUUGUGGGCUCUAUAAGCUGUGGGCUGUUACAUAGAACGGGUGAGACAGUGAGGAUGGCUGCUGAAGAGGAAAAUGCUCUAAUUGAACUCCCGCAUAAAAAAAUCAAAAUUAAACGAUUCGUUGUUGGACGAGCAAUCAAUUCGAGGUCUCAUCACUGCGAGAUGUGCCCGUCGCCGUGCAAGAUCCACAAGCAAUGGGAGUUCGAGGACUGGGCACCCCGCACAAGUAAUCCGCCGCCGCCAUCGCUGAUGCCCGGAGUUGCAACCGCCCGCUGUUCUCUAUCGGUCACAAACAACGUCCACCAAUUGUUGUCUUCU